GCCGCGUGGAACUUCGCGUCUCGAGCGGUGCGGACUGGUUCAGUGGAGUGUCCAAGGGCUGGGCUGUUUCCCACGACCUUUCCUGUAGGUCGGGAGUGCAGAUCAGGAGAACGGACUAACGGAGUCCCUGCAGCGUUUGGGAGCGGUCCCGCCCACCUGCUGGAAGGGGCCGGGUUGAAAGGUGUAGGAGAGACCGGCAGGCGUGGGAACGCCCGGCUAGUGGCUAGAAGAGCGUGACCAGGGGAAAUCACGAGGUCCCAGCCGGGCGUGCGUUGCGCGCACCUGUCAUCCCAACCCUUGGGAGGUGGAGGUUGGAGGACCAGCAGAAAGAGGAUGGCUGAUGCUGGCCCCAGGAUGGAGGUGUGUCCUUAUUGUAAGAAGCCAUUUAAGCGAUUAAAAUCCCACUUGCCACACUGUAAGAUGAUAGGACCGCCCAUAUCUGCUGAUCAAAAAGUUUAUCAGUCCGAGCCAGCUUCACUUUCACAUGCUAAAAAAGAGGCAAGGCCUACCAAAGGCCUAACCAGAGCUAAAAGUAAAGAGCUAGAGACGGAGGGUGCAAAAAGAAAUGCCCCUUCAGCAAAGGGCAGCCCGGAAUGGACAACUGCCACCUUUCCACUGGCAGCAGGUGUCUUGGAUAGAGCGGGUACAACAGAGGCAGGAGGAAAAACCAGCGAUCAAAACCAGCCCUCCUUCCAAGCUCUCAGUCACGCCAAGCCAAAGGUGACUCUGCAGAGAGUCACAACCCCUCAGUCUCAUGCAUCAGAUGCCACCUCUCCCAAGAGAGAACUUGCCGAAGAUGUGACUGGAUCCAAGGGAGGUCAGUGUCAUCCCUCAGAAACAGAAGGAUUGCUGGUUGGCCCAAUGGAACCAGUUUUAUCUGAUCAAGGUAGAAAAUAUUCCUCAACUCAGCAUAAUGCUAAACCGGCCACUUCUGCAAGUCUGAAAUUGGACACAGUCGAUCCCCAAAGACAGAAACUUCUGGCAAAAUUAUUAGACGUGCCUGUUAGUGAUUGUCAUUCACCAAAGAAUAGCAACCAUGGGGUUCAAAGAGGCCGACCCUUGAUAUUGAACAAGGAAAGCAGUUCCCGAGAUGGAGACCACAUCUCAGAAGUCUCUCCCUACCCUGGCAAUACUGAGACCCAAAAGAAGUCAGAAUCACUCCUCUUGGACCUUCACCCCGCUCCACUGGGUAAAACACUAGUCAGAAAGCACCAGGAACUCGACCUCGGAAUAGAGUUGUGCCAGCACAAGGGAAAUUCUGAGAACAACAGCAUGUCUGCCGCAGAAGUACAGGAACAGGCUUGCUCGGGCCGUGACAAUAAGGACCCCAUUUUACCAGCAAAGGCAAAAACACAGGCAGCCCUGGCACGUUUGAACGUACUUUCUCCACCAGAGGGAACUUCGAGGAAGCUUCUCUCUGUACCAGAGUCAGGGCAUCAGCGCCUCACCUCUCCGGUUGAGAAGUCUCCAGAAGACAGCGCCAAAUUCUAUGGCCAGAAUCAAGUCCCUGCCAUAACACUAUUAGUGGGAAGCAAGAGGGAGGUUUUGGAACCCACGUCUUUCCGCCAACCCCAUGCACCCCAGACAGGGUACCAGGUACCGUCAUGUUCAGCUCGGUACCCGGUAUCUAAAAGCGCCCUCAUCAGUCAUGUUGCUACUGCGGACUCAGAGGCUCUUCCCCGGUCUGUGGGACUCGAGUGGUUUCCAGAACUCUAUCCUGGUUACGUCGGUCUAGGAGUGUUGCCAAGGGGGCCUCAGCAUUGGAACUCAGUGGCUCAGAUGCCUCCCCCUGCCACUUCCCAGGGUGCGAGUGUCUUGGAAGUUCCUAGGUUGGGACGAAGUUCGGCUGAUAGCUGGAGUUCCGGAGCCCCGGCGCACACAACUUCCAGCUUCCCUCUUAGGAGGCUCCUGGGAGCCGUGCACAAAGGCUGGGUGAGGUGCAACACCACCAUAAAGAAGAGCAGCGUCGGGGGCCUCACCAUGCUCUUCGCUGGCUACUUCAUCCUGUGUUGUAACUGGAGCUUCAAGCAUCUGAGUCAGGCUAGACCUGGACUCAGACCCCCGCCCUGACCUCUCACUCCCUGUUCCUCAGCCUGUGAGUGCUAGGGUUGCAGAGCUGCAGCGCUGGCGCAAGUAAUGCCGAGCACGUCCGAGAGCCAGGGAGCGUGUGACAGAGACAACUGCCGAGCAGACGAAACACUCGAAGUUUGUGCUGCGGGCAGGGAGGGUGCCAGUAAUAAAACUGCAGAAAACA